AUGAAGGGGGAAUUGAGAAGCCCGAGGUGGAAAAGAAUUGCCUUGAGACUCGAGUCAGUGUUUGGGCCGAUCAUCAUCACAUUAUUGAGUGGCUAUGUCAGGCUCUACGAGAUUUCCAAGGCUGACAAAGUUAUCUGGGAUGAAGCCCAUUUUGGGAAAUUCGGUGCCUAUUAUAUUCUUCGAGAGUUUUAUUUCGACGUCCAUCCCCCAUUGGGUAAGCUUCUCAUUGGGUUUUCCGAAUACUUGGCCAAUUUCAAUGGGAGUUAUCUUUUUGAGAGUGGAACAAUGUAUCCCGAUUACGUUGAUUAUGGCAAAAUGAGAAUCUUCAACGCAGUAUUUGGGAUCCUCGUGGCCCCUUUCGCAUACUUUGCCGCUAAGGCUUUAGGAUACAAUUUAUGGACGGUAUAUUUGAUCAGUUUCAUGGUGACGUUUGAAAAUAUCUUUGUGGUAUUGUCCAAAUUCAUUCUAUUAGAUUCAAUGCUUUUAUUUUUCACCGCCACAACGUUUUAUUGUUUGGCGAAGUUCCAUGAAUUCAACAUUGUCAAAGACCAACCAUUCACAAGAUCCUGGCUUAAAUGGCUUUUCUUCACCGGGAUUUCCAUCGGUUGUGUAUGUAGUGUCAAGUGGGUAGGAUUAUUCAUUACUGCGUUGGUGGGGAUCUACACUGUUUUUGAUCUUUUUUUGAAAUUCCUCGAUAAUAGCAUGUCAAACAAAAUCUAUUUUAAACACUGGGCUCUACGAAUCGUUAACUUGAUCUGCAUCCCAAUGGUGAUUUACGCAGCCACGUUCAAAGCUCAUUUCAUGGUGUUGUCAAAAGCCGGGACUGGUCACGCAUCCAUGCCAUCACUUUUCCAAGUUAAUUUAGAAAACUCAGAUAUUCAACUGUCUCCAAGAAAUGUCGCGUACGGUUCAAAAGUCACAAUCCGCUCGCAUGGGCUUUCGCCAAACUUGUUACAUUCUCAUGUUCAACUCUAUCCUCAAGGUUCCAGACAACACCAAGUCACGACCUACGGUCAUAAAGAUCAAAAUAAUGAAUGGAUCGUCACCCCAUCAAGGUUAUCCAACGAACCUAAGUAUGACCCUGAUACCAACUCCGAAAUCAGAUUCGUUAAACACGGUGAUAGACUUAGAUUGGCUCAUUACAAACUUACAUGCAAUUUGCAUUCUCAUCAGGUUCCUUCGCAUGUUACCAAGAACUCUUACGAAGUUUCUGGAUAUGGGAAUGAAGAGAUUGGAGACUUGAAAGAUGAUUGGAUUGUAGAGAUUGUUGAACAAGUGAAAUCUCCUGCAGAGCCAGACGCCACCAAGAAUGAAACUUUUUGUGCCCUUCUCCAUCCUUUAUCCACCAACUUCCGCCUCAAACACGCCGAACUCGGCUGCUAUUUGGCCACUACCGGAAAUGCAUACCCAGCCUGGGGGUUCAAACAAGGGGAGGUCAUUUGUAAGAGCUCAUAUUUCUCCAGUGAUAAAUCAACUUGGUGGAAUGUCGAAGAUCACAGCCAUCCUGAUCUCACUCCUGAUGAAGACUAUAUUUUGGAUCCUCCAAAAUCCAACUUUUGGCGCGACUUCAUCUUGUUGAACUUUGCCAUGCAAGCGUCGAACAAUGCAUUGGUUCCUGAUCUGGACAAACAUGACAAUUUGGCCAGUGAAUGGUGGGAAUGGAUCAUUGCCAGACGAGGGAUUAGAAUGUCCAGUUGGGGCUUACACGAUAAAAAGUAUUACAUGAUGCCAAAUCCGCUUGUAUUGUGGUUUAGCACAUUCUCUCUUUUGGUGACCUUUUUAUCGGUUUGUCAAAAAAUUUAUCUUUGGCAAAGCCAAUCAUUGAAUUUUGAUACAAAAGAUAAUGGCAAACAAUUUUGGGAAUAUACCAUGAAGAGAUUGGCACCAUUGAUUGCCUGGGGAUUACAUAUUGUUCCAUUUAUUAUUAUGGCUAGAGUGACUUAUGUCCACCACUAUGUCCCUGCAGAAUUCUUCGCGAUCUUUGUGGCCGCUGAUGUUGUUGAAAGUGCUGUUGAUACAUCUGUCAAUUACUUGUCACAAGAAGAGGAAGUUGAAAAGUCUCAAAAAUCAAAGACAAUCGCAAAAGGAAAAGGUGAGAAAGAAGAAGCAAAACCAUUGGUUGAGAAGGUUGAAUGUACGAAAACAUCUUGGAUGAAUAGUCUUGUCGCAUGUUUAUUAAGACCAUUAACCUACAUUACUCUUUACACAUUGGUGAUUGGAAUGUUCUAUUAUUUCUCCCCAGUGACCUUUGGAAUAGAAGGAAGCUCAUUCCAUUACGGAUACUUGAAAUGGCUUGAGACUUGGGAUGUUUAA